AUCUAUGAGCUUGAACAUUUACAAUGAAGAAGAAGAGUAGAGAUUUACUAGCGAUUAUCAAAUGGAUUGUUAUGAAAGAGACUAUCCUUAAACGAUGGAUGAAAAUUACACGAUCAACUAUUCUCCAUUAUAAUCAAAGUAGUCUUUUAAAAAAGCCAAAACUGGAUAGAAUAAGCAUAUUAGAAAAAUAAAAUAAUUAAAGAAACUCAAGAAAAUAAGCUAAUAUGACAAAGAAUGGAUAAGUAUUUAUAUAUUCAUUUAUUUUUAGAUUUUCUGAUAUAAAGAGUGUCUUAAAUUGAAGAGGAAGGCUAAUUUGAAAAUCUGGAAAUAGAUCUCUCUUAAAAAGAAUUUUAAAAAAUUUUAAGAAGAAUGAAGCGAUUAGAUUUAAAUUGA